AUUUUGCAAUAAUGAAAAUUGCACGUUUUAAAAAAGCUCAUAAAACGUUAAACUUUUUUGCCACGAAUUUUGCAUAUCGAGAACCAUACCAGAUUUUGGUAGAUGCCACUUUCUGUCAGAUAGCUCUACAAAAUAAAGUUAUAAUCGAGGAGCAAAUAAAAAAAUAUUUUCAGUCAACUAUAAAAUAUAAAAUUAGUAACUACCCAAUGUGUAAUACUAGAAGCAGAAUCUCUGGGAAGUCCGCUUGCUGGAGCUACUAUGAUUGUCAAGAAAUUCCAUGUGCACAAAUGCGGUCACGAAGGUGCACCUGUACCAGCUUCACAAUGCAUUAAGUCCAUGACAAAAUGUGGACGUUACGUCGUUGCCUCACAGGAUCGUAGUUUACAAAACAGCCUUAGAAAAGUGCCCGGUAGGAUAUUGUUGUAUUUGCACAAAGCUACACCCGUUUUAGAAGAGCCCUCCGAAGCAUCAAAAAAAUAUGUUUCCAAAAAAUCGCAUAAAAGUCUAACCAGUGGCAUGUUGAACAUUUAAAACAAAUACAGACUUUACAAAAUGAAAAACUGUAUAAUA